AUGGGUAGUAGACAUGCUCUUAAAUCCUUUUUGUUGAUACCAUUAUUUGUCUUGGUAACCUGUAAUGCAUUUGAAGAUUUUCUUCAUUGCAUAUCCACCAGUUCCAAAGAAAACAUUGAAAAAUAUAUUCACAAGCCUAAUUCUCCAGAAUACUCAUCACUCCUGAAAUAUGCCCAAAAAAUUUCAAGAUGGUCAAAUUCAACAUCUGCAUUCCCUCUUUUUAUUGUCACACCAUAUCAUGAGGCCCAAAUGAGAGCCAUUAUUCUUUGCAGCAAAAAGCUUGGUUUACAAGUCAGAGUCAAGAGUGGGGGACAUGACUAUGAAGGCCUCUCAUACCGCUGUCGAUCCCCGUUCAUCAUGAUUGAUCUAUGCAAUCUCAAAUCCAUUAACAUUGAUCUGGAAAGUGAAACUGCCUGGAUUCAAACUGGGGUGACUCUAGGCCAACUUUACUAUGCAAUUGCUCAAAAAAGUAAAACCCAUGCAUUUGCUGGUGGGCUAUGUCCUACAGUUGGAUCAGGUGGGCACAUAAGUGGUGGAGGCGUAGGGACUUUGUUAAGAAAGUAUGGUCUUGCUGCUGACAACGUUGUAGAUGCAAGGGUUAUGGAUGCCAAUGGACAAAUUCUUGACAGGAAAAAAAUGGGUGAAGAUUUGUUUUGGGCUAUACGGGGAGGUGGAGGAGCAAGUUUUGGGGUAGUACUUGCAUGGAAACUCAAGCUAUCUCGUGUUCCUGAGCAGGUUACAACUUUCACAGUUCGUAGAAAGCUUGAUCGUGACAAUAUAAAAUUGAUCCAGAAAUGGCAAAAUAUUGCCCAUCAAUUUCCUGAAGAUCUUUUCGUGAGAAUGAUCCUUCAAAAUCCAGCACCAGUAGUAAAAGGAGGAGAAAAGAUUGUUCAGAUUUCCUUUCAAGGUUUGUAUCUUGGGACGGCUGAUAAACUUGUUACUUUAUCAAGCCGAUACUUGCCGGAAUUUGGGAUAAAGAAAGAAUGCUAUCAAGUUCCAUGGAUCAAAUCAGCGCUUUAUUUCGCGUCAAAAACACCGAAAAGUUCGUUGCAGUAUUUGUUGAGCAAAAGGAGCACGCCUGCUUAUGACAAGGCAAAAUCUGAUUUUGUUACACGACCAAUACCAGAUAAGGCAUGGGUAUUGAUAAAGAAAAUGUUUCUUGAAGAAGACAGUCCCAUGAUGAUAUUAGAUCCUUUUGGUGGAAGAAUGAGCCAAAUUUGCGAGUCUGAACUUCCAUUCCCACACAGGAAUGGGACAUUGUAUAACAUACAAUACUUGGUAAAUUGGAAGCACAAUAACCAAAGUGAGAGCAACAAGCAUAUUGAAUGGAUAAGAAGGCUCCAUAAGAAAAUGGAGCCAUUUGUUUCUCAAUAUCCUAGAGCUGCAUAUAUUAAUUACAGGGAUCUUGAUUUGGGGGUCAAUGAAGAGGAGUACAACUAUGAAGAAGCAAAGACAUGGGGAGAAAUGUACUUCAAAGACAAUUUUGAAAAGUUGGCAAGGAUAAAGAGCAAGGUUGAUCCUAGCAACUUCUUCAGGAAUGAACAAAGUAUUCCACUUUUAUUUUGAGGCUAAAACAGCACAAAUA